AUGCCGACAACCAGAGGAGGUCGCGAGACGUCGCCGGCCAAAUCGACGCGCUCAGCCAAGCAGCUGGCGGCUGUCGAGGCCGGCUCGUCUCCCUCGAAGCCCACCCGCUCCACCAGGCAGGCCAGCCCGCGCAAGGCCGCCUCCCCCGCCCAGCCUACCCGCUUCAGCGCAAGGCUGCGAAGCACCUCGCCGUUUGCGGACCCCUCUGCUGCUCCUGCGCCGGCGUCCAGCAGCAGCAGCACGCUGUCUCCCAUCGCGGAGGCUGCGACGACGACUCGAGCUUCACCCCGGAAGCGCGCCUCGCCCUCCAAGAAAGGCCGCUCCGCCACUCCGCGCUCGGCCACACCACCAACUGUUUCCGCAGAUUCCACCGAGGAUCAAGCGCCUGCCGCGCCUUCCCCUUCUACUCUGGGCAUGCCUUCCACGGACGAGAUCCCUGAGCUCCAGCAGGCAGAGGCCAGUGUGUCGACCUCGACGAUGAGUCCUGCGGAAUCUGGCGGCCGCGUCGAGGCGACCGAGGAAGCCGUGGAGCCGGUGUCGACCCCGAACGAGCAGGCGGAGGCUGCCCAAGAGUCCGACGCAGCACCAGCAUCUCUUCCGACAACUGUUGCCGACCUUACCUCGACCAAUCCGAUCGCCGACACAAAACCCGACGUUGACAACGCCGACGACGGGCACGAGCAGGGGCCAUCACGGACGCCCGCUGCAUCGUUCUCGUCCUCCGGAUCCGAUAGCGACUCUAGCUCGGACGCCUCGGACUCGGACUCGUCCUCCUCCGACGACAGCGACAGCGAUUCCUCCUCGGAUGACGACGACGAAGAGCAAGGGCAGGCGGCCGACCUCCGGGCGCUGCUCGAGGCGUCUGCGCAAUCAUACAAGGACCGGGCUCAACGGCCUGCCUCAUCGAACGGCAAGGCCUUCGGCGCAGACGAGGAUGUCAUCUCCUUUGCCGAGAUCACCGGCGAGGUCGACCUCAAGGGCAAGGGCAAGGCCAAGGAGCAGUUGCCGCUGGUCGACAAGGUCCGGGCCAAGCUCGCCGCCACCGGCAAGGUGCCCACCGCCGCCUCGACCUCUGCCCCUCCUGAGCCCAGGCUGGCGACUACGGCUCGGGUCAAGAACGUCGACAAACACAUUGAUGCGCUGGACAGCGGCAAGCUGACGGGCAACCCGAGGGCGCGGGAUGCCGCCAAACGACCCGAGAUCUCUACGGCCGGCCGCAACUGGUUCGACAUGCCCGAGUUCGGAGCGUCCAACUCCCGGCUGCAGGCCGCCACCAAGCGCUCCGUGGUCGACGCGGGCAAGAGCAGCGGCAGCGGAGGCGAUGCGCGCGUGGCGACGGCCGAGCAGCUACGCAAAGAGGUCCAGGCGAUCCGGCUGCGCAACGCCCUCGAUCCGAAGCGCUUCUACCGAGGCGGCGCAAAGGACCGCGGCAUGCCCAAGUACGCCCAGAUUGGCACCAUUAUCGCAUCGCCGCUGGAGCCCAAGUCGGUCAUGAACCGGCGCGAGAGGGGCCGCACCGUCGUCGAAGAGCUCAUCAGGGACGCUGAGGCUUCCGCCUACGCCAAGCGCAAGUUUGCAGAGUCGCAGGAGCGCAACGCGUCGGGCCGCCAAGGCAGGGGGAAGCGUUUGCGCAAGCACAAGUAG